GCGUGAGCUUCUCCCCACCGUGGAGGCUGGUGCUAGCGUAGGCACCUGCACUCUCCCCCGAUAUCAUUGUUUUUUCCCGCUCCCCAUUUCUUCGAGGCCCGUGGGUCAGGAGCCUUAGCCAUUGCACAUUUGAGUACUUCUAGAACAGAAUAUUUUAAAAAUGACCACACCCAACAAAACACCUCCUGGUGCUGACCCUAAGCAGUUGGAAAGGACUGGGACAGUACGAGAAAUUGGGUCACAAGCUGUUUGGUCACUCUCAUCUUGCAAACCAGGAUUUGGAGUGGAUCAGUUACGAGAUGACAAUCUAGAAACUUACUGGCAAUCAGAUGGCUCCCAGCCUCAUUUAGUGAACAUCCAAUUCAGGAGAAAAACAACAGUGAAGACAUUAUGUAUUUAUGCGGACUACAAAUCCGACGAAAGCUAUACUCCAAGCAAGAUCUCAGUCAGAGUAGGAAAUAAUUUCCACAACCUUCAGGAAAUUCGGCAACUCGAAUUGGUGGAACCAAGUGGCUGGAUUCACGUUCCCUUAACCGAUAAUCACAAGAAGCCAACUCGCACAUUCAUGAUACAGAUCGCUGUUCUAGCCAAUCACCAGAACGGAAGAGACACCCACAUGAGACAGAUUAAAAUAUACACUCCAGUGGAGGAGAGCUCCAUUGGUAAAUUUCCCAGAUGCACAACUAUCGAUUUCAUGAUGUAUCGUUCGAUAAGGUGACCUGGGGACAGGACUGAAGUCAUUAAACACAUCUUUGUUUUCUCUGGUCAGUAAAUGUUGUAUCUGGUAUCCUCAUUGAGAAGGCAUCAGCCAUUUUACAUUUUUGUACGCAUUAAGAAGUAUUUUAUUGUAGCUUUCAAAAUCAAUUUUGUGUCCUACUAUCUUUAUUUUCUUUAAAAUACAAUAAAGAUCACAUAUUUUAUGUUAUUGAAAA